CGCCGGGCGAGGGGCGGCGAUUGUGCGGGGGCCAUGGGGCCGUGGGGGUCGGGGUGGGCGUCGGGGGUCCCGGCGUCCCGCGCCGCGUCCGUCCUGCUGCCGCUGCUGCUGCUGCCGCUGCUGCUGCCGCCGCUGCUGGCGCGCCUCCUCUGCUUCGAGCGGCUGCCGCGGCGCCGCGCGCUCCCGGUCCUCAGGCCCCGCGGCCGCCUGUCCGCCAUCGCCCACCGCGCCGCCGCCCACGACGCCCCCGAGAACACGCUGGCCGCCAUCCGACAGGCAGCUCAAAAUGGAGCCACAGGUGUGGAAUUGGACAUUGAAUUCACUUCCGAUGGGGUUCCCAUCUUAAUGCACGAUGACACAGUAGACAGGACUACCGAUGGAUCUGGUCGUUUGAGCGAUUUGACUUUUGCCGAAAUUAGGAAACUCAAUCCAGCUGCAAACCAUAGGUUCCGGAAUAAGUUCCCUGAUGAAAAAAUACCUACUCUGAGAGAAGCAGUUGUGGAAUCCUUAAAUCAUAACCUCACGAUCUACUUUGAUGUCAAAGGCCAUGCAAAUAUGGCUACUGAUGCUCUGAAACAUUUGUAUAUGGAGUUUCCUAAAUUGUACAACAGCAGUGUCGUCUGCUCUUUCUUACCAGGAGUCAUCUAUAAGAUGAGGCAAGCCGACCAAAAUGUCGUGACUGCUCUAACUCACAGACCUUGGAGUCUGAGUCACUUUGGAGACGGAAAACGGCGUUUUGACUCCUUCGGGAAACAUUACUUGUAUAUGAUGCUGGACGUGCUCCUGGAUUGGAGCAUGCAUAACUUCCUGUGGUACCUGUGUGGGAUUUCUGCUUUCCUGAUGCAGAAGGAUUGGAUAUCUCCAGCCUAUGUGAAGAGGUGGGCUUCUAAUGGAAUUGAAGUAAUCUCUUGGACAGUCAACAGCUUUGAAGAAAAAGCUUACCACGAAGUCUAUCUUCAGUGUAGUUACAUCACCGACAGCAUGGUGGAAGACUGUGAACCCCAUUAUUAGAUCGCAGCCAAUUUGUUGGGGAGAUCGUCGGGGACCUAACGACCUUCUCAGCCUUGUUAGGGAAAUCUGGACACCAGCAUGUAGGGCUCAGUUCGGGAGGCUCGCGGCAGCACGGGUGAAGGGUUGCAUUUUAACUUAAAAGCCACCUGCCUCUUUGCCACCUCAUUGCAGAGUAUGUGUUUUUAUGUCUGUCUCUCCAUCUUUGCCCAACCAGCCAGGAAGCGGCGGCACACGCCGCAGUUCUCUGGUGGCAGAUGGGCCUUCACCUUGGUGUAAGUUGGGAAAAUGAACGCAUGGAAUUGCAUGUUAGCUCAGGCUCAUAACUAAUUUUUUUCCCCCCCAGUGAGCACGCUUAAAAAUUAACCCCAAACUUUUACUUAAACCAUACCUGAAGUGUACCGGGAAAACCCAGAUUUGAAAUCAUAGGACCGAAAUCACGAGCUAUGCAUUAAACAGAUCAUGCCCAGUCAA